UUAAGAAGGAUGGACAACAGUGAUGAUGAUGUGAAACUUGAAGAAGAAAUCAAAGCUGAAUUGGAUAGAAUCAGCAUAUCCUCUUUGGAAAUAAAAGAUGAUGAUAGUGACUCACCAUUAGAAGCUUGGAAUGAGAGUCAGUCUGAUUCAGAUGAAUUACCAGAAUCAGUCCUGUAUUGUAUCAACUUUGUAAAAAAUAGAAGUAAGAAUGCAGAAAGUAUUAUUCUUCAAGAUUUGGAAGAUACAGAUAUUUCCAGUUAUAGCCUUGGAACAGAUUCACAUAACACUGCAGAUUUCAUGAACAAGUUGACAUCUGAAUAUGAUGAGCAUCGAGAACUAUUAAACGAAGAGGUAUCAUUUGAAACAGAAAAAGAAGAACUGGACAUAAAUGUUACAGAUCAUGACACAAGUCAAGCCAAUUCUGGUGAUUUAAAUGUUGGAGAGCAGUAUUCUUCAGGUGAUGCCGAAUUGAUCUUGCAUUUUGAGUACUGUGAGGUAGAGGAAAGAUGCAGACAGGCCUACGAGGUUUGGGAAAACAAGCAGAAAGAACUGGAAGAACAGGAGAGAGAGAUGCUCAAAACUCAGAGGGAAAGAGAAGAAAAACAAUAUCAAGAAGAAGAAGAAGAGAGGCAGCACUUGCAGAAGGAAUUUGAAGUUGAAAAGAAAAAGCUAGAGGAUAUUCACGAGCAAGAACAAUGCAAGAUGAAUGCUGAAUUACAAGAACAACAGAAAGUUUGGGAGGAAAAAUUAAAGCAACAUGAGGCUUUGAUGAGAAGUCUUCAGUUAAAAGUGGAGGAAGAAAGAAAACGUUUUGAAGACCAGAAGACAAAACAAAAACUUCAUUUGUUAGACCAACAACAUAAAGCAGCCAUAAAACUUCAAACUUCAUUUCGAAAAUUUGUAGUUUACAAAAAAUACAAUCCAAUUUUAAAAUAUUUGAGAGAGAAAAAUAAGAAGAAAGAAAUACAAUAUAAACUGGAGCAAGAGAAGAAAGAAAAUGAAGCAAAAAUAAGGGAAAGGCUUAAAGAAAAGAGAAAAGAAGAAGAGGUAGAACGAAAAAGGCAAGAAGAAUUGCAAAAACAGAAAAGUAAAGCAUAUGAGAAGAGGCAUGAGGAAUAUGAGAAAAAGAAACAGAUCCUCAGAUUAGAAAGAGAGAAGCAACUAAACAUAGAGGAUACAAAACAAAGAGAAAAUACAACAAAACCAGUAGUUUUAGAAGAAUCAGAAUCACACACAUUAAAUGAAAGUGUAGAAAACCAGCAACGGAUAGAUGAAUUUGAAAAAGAACAAGUAGAAAAUUUUGCCAGUCUACUAAAGAUUGAUGAAUUGGAAACAGUGGAAAGAAGAGAAAAUCUGGUGAAACAGCAACAAAUGGAUAAACUAAAAAACCAAGAAGAACAAAAGGAAAACCUUGCAAAACAGUUAAAUCUUGAUGAAUUGGAAAAGGUGGACAAGAAAGAAAAUAUUUCUAAGUUACAGGUAGAAGAAUUAAAAAAGCAGGAACAACACAAUGAAAAAAAAAGACAGCAUGAAGGACAGAGCAAAGACCAAAAGAAGGAGAUAACAAUAGGAGAAACUAAUAAAGAAAUCAACAAACAUGAGAAAAUGAAAAACAGUGAAAACGAACAGGAUCAUAAGAAAAAGAAACCGGAAAUGGGAGGAGAGAAAAUAGAAGAAAAAGGAAAAGACUAUGAAAAGAAAAAUAAUUUGGAAACAACAGAAAGUAAAAAACUAGCACCACCUUCAUUAGAGAGUAAGGAUAUUCUAGGACUGAAUGUGAUUUCACAGUAUGAAGAAUGGAACACAGACCAAAAAAAGGAGAUAACAGUAGGAGAAAAUAAUAAAGAAAUCAACAAACAUGAGGAAAUGAAAAGCAGAGUAAACAAACAGAAUCAGGAAAAAAAGAAACCAGAAAUAGGAGGAGAGAAAAUAGAAGAAAAAGGAAAAGACUAUGAACAAAAAAGUAAUUUGGAAACUACAGAAAGUAGAAAACUAACACCACUUUCAUUAGAGAGUAAGGAUAUUCUAGGACUGAAUGUGAUUUCACAGCAUGGAGAAUGGAAUAAAGACCAAAUGGAGAUAACAGUAGGAGAAAAUAAUAAAGAAAUCAACAAACAUGAGGAAAUGAAAAGCAGUGUAAACAAACAGGAUCAGAGAAAAAAGAAACCAGAAAUGGGAGGAGAGAAAAUGGAAGAAAACAGAAAAGACUAUGUACAGGAAAAUAAUUUGGAAACUCUUGAAAGUAACGAUCUAGCACUGUCCUCAUUAGAGAAUAAGGAAACAAUAGGACUGAAUGUGAUGGCUCAUGCAGGUGAAAGUGGGUUCCAAAUGAAAGAAAACGGUGAAAAUUUUAAAAUUAAUAUUCUGAAGAGGAGUGACACACUAGGUCUUAGUCAUUCAAUUGAAAAUGAUAGUAAUGCAAUGGAGAAAGAGUAUUAUGGGGGGCUGCUAGAAUCUCAUAAAAAUGCAGGUGAAUACUGUGAACAAGAUUUAAAGUCUGAAGAAACUAGAACUUCAGAGUUUGUGAUGAAAGAUGCAUCAGAAGAAUGCCUGGAGUGUAGUGUGGAUAGGGGAUAUUCGGUGAAGUACUCUCUGGGGCCACUUUCACUUCCAGGAAUUGUAGAGGAAAAAAGACUAGCUUGGAUGAAGACCUGUAAUCCAUGGUCUAAAGUAUUCAUGGAAAACCAGAGAAAGAAGAUUAUUGUAAAAAACAGGGUUAGGGCAUACCCAGCUGAUAAGAUGCCACCUUUAAAGCCAAAUGCCAUUCUUCAGUGCGGCCUUUGGAGUACUUUACAGCAGGUUACGACAAUAAUGUUUCAGGAUUUACCAGGUUGUAGUCUUUCCACACUGUCAGAAUGUCCAAGUCUUCAGUUUCUGAGCCUUAGGCACUGUGGAUUAACUGCCUUAGAUGGACUGGGCAAUUGUAAAGACCUGCGGUAUAUUGAUGUACAGGAAAAUAAUAUUCAGUAUAUAAAUUGUGAAAAUUUAGAAAAUCUCUGCAUACUUCUUUUGAAUAAAAAUCAGCUUACUUCACUUCAUGGAUUGGAUGGCUGCAAUAAUAUCCGAAAUCUAGAGCUAUCAUAUAAUAAGAUCACACAGAUUGGUGGUUUAGAGUCUUUGAAAAAUCUUCAGCAGCUAAGUGUGGCUCACAAUCAGUUGAUCAGUUCUAAAGGUCUUGGUGAGACACCCACUCUCAUGCACCUGGAUUGUUCAUAUAACCAUCUUUCUGAACUUGAAGGCAUAGAAAAUUGUGGUCUGCUUCAAAGUCUGAAGCUACAAGGAAAUAAUUUAAGUGAGGUUCCACGCUUGGAGAAUCACGUUCUGCUAAGAGAAUUAUACUUGGAUGACAACAGUAUUUCAACAGUGGAAAAGCUUUCUUCGUACUGGCUACCCCUACUACAGAUUUUUACAGUCUCUCAAAACAGCUUGAAAACAAUUGCUUCCCUCUCUCAAUUUGUGUCUUUGGAAAAAAUGGAUAUCAGCAAUAACUGCCUUUCAGAACUUACAAGUAUCAUCAGAUGCUUAGAUGGAUGCUACAGUUUAUGUGAACUAUCACUUUCUGGGAAUCCUCUUCUUCAAGAAAAAAAUUGGAGGUAUUCUCUCCUGGAAACAUUACCUGCUUUGAGACUUCUGAAUGGUGAAGUCCUAAAUUUUGAGUCCGAAUUAUCAAAAGAAGAAGUACCUCAAGUAAAACCUGAAAGUUUCCUGACUCUUUGUCAGAACCAGAUUAAAGAAUUUAACUUGUUAACCGAGAAAUAUGUCGCUAAAGAACGAAAUGUAUUCUCCUUGGACUCUGCACAAAACCUUUGCUGUUACCUUAAAGAGCUAAUGAAAAUUAGUAAUGAAUUCCGAUAUGUGCACGAACAUGGAACUCUAACUAUCAUUGACAGUGAUGAACUAGAGACCAAACAAGAUCACCUGAUACAAAGAACCAAAGACAGCUCACAUCAGAAUACCCUCUUUAUCUCUGGUGUGGAAGAAAAUAAACAGGACACUUGGGAUUUUUCUGAAAGAUGGAUUGAUUCUGGCCAGAAUCAUUCCCUGUUCAUCAGCCCUUCAAUUAAUGAUUACGCAGAGAAAAAGAAUCAAGAAUGUGUAAUGGACUUGAAGAGAACAGAAUGCUACAUUAAACCAGAGAAGGGUGAAGAUACCAAAAGAAACAUACCUGAAAUAUCAGAAAUUUCAAGACAGGUGGAAAGGAAACAUCAGAAUAUUCAGAGCGAUGAAAAAAAUGCAGCAGCUGCAAUCAUCCAGGCCCAUUGGAGAGGCUAUGUUAUUCGCAGAGAGAUUAAUUUAUAUAUUCGCCUGCAUGAAGCCGCAACACUAAUCCAGUCAGCGUGGAGGAAUUAUUAUCCUAAAAGAAAGAUUACUUUUAAGAAAGAAGAAGGUAUCACUGUGGACACUGAUGGACUGAGGAAUAAAGCUGCUAUUCUAAUUCAGGCCGUUUGGAAAGGCUUUCUUUUGCGGAAGAAAUUGUCCAAGGCUUUAGCAGCUAUUAAAAAUGAAGACCUUGAAGAUGACUAUGAAGAAAUAAACUUAAGUGAUUUUACAUUUAAUGAACAUCCUGAAUAUUUAAGAAAUGAUGACAAUUCACCUAACCUAACCAGGCAGCUGCCUCAAGCUUGGCAGUGUAAUAAGAGAGAAAAUUCAUUUUCGCAAGAAUGCGCUCAGCUUAGUAGCAAAUCAGAAAGUGGAAGUUUGUCCUGUCAAUCCGAUUUGAAGAGUUGCAAGAAAAUUCCAUCAAAAUCUGAAAAAGAAGAACAAAUUUCAGAAGAAUGGGGUUUUAAAAAUAUUUCUACUGCCCAGUUAAUGCUAAAAAGGGCCAAGAAAAUGAAGUCCUGUAAAACAAGAAAUCAAAAACUAGACCCAGCUGUGCGACUGGCAUUAUUCAAAAACAAUGAAAAUAAACAUCUCCCUGUGAAACCACCAAGGAAGACACUGCCGGCCAGAGUAGGUUACUUCGAAGCUCAAGAGGAAGAAGCUGUCUGGAUGGAAUCAACUUCAACUGAGAAAAUAGAAAGUAGGAGAGAGUUUACUUACCAAUGGCUUCAUACUCAGGUUGGUGGUUAUGAAACAACCAGUUCCAGAAAUAUGAAAUGCAACCGGUUCUUACCCGAGUUGGAUCCAGAUGUACUCAGUGGAGGGCGAGUUCAGCUUGUGGCAAGCCUUGUAAGCAGAGAAGACACGGAUUUAGACCUUGUUUCCAUGACGAGUGGAAGUGCUUUGACUCAGAACAGAGGAAAAAAUAAUCAGGCCCACAGACACUCAGCAGGAUCUUCAACUAAAGUACCUGUACCAGUGAAAACAAAUGCAAGACCUUUUAAAAAAGAGCGCAUAUCAUUUCGUGAUCAUCCCAUGCAGCUUAGUGGUGGAUGGGGAAGUGGCAAGAAGCAAGGAAAAACUUUCAACUAACCUUUCAAGUUUCAACAUGCAAAGCAUAUGGAGACUGUUUCUUUUCAAGAGGUCUGUGAAUAUCUGGUUAUAUGUUACCAAUUGGAUACAAAGUUUUAGAGCACUGUAUUUAAUUUGUUUUACU